AUGAUCAUAGGCCCUGUUCAAUCGGUGGAGCAGGCAUCCUGCUCCAUAUACGUCCUGGACCCUGCUCGAGACCUGGGGAUGCCCGCGUGCAACUACGCGGACCCCGCCAUCUGGCCGCAUGCCCUCAAGGUGACCGGAAUUCUCGGGGGCACCGAGCCCCUCCAACACUGGGAGUACCAGCAAGCGGUCCAGUUCUGGCUGGAGCAGGCUAUCAUCGACAAUGGGGCGCGCGCGGACAGGCUGGCCAGUGCAGAUCUGAUAUACGUCAACAUGCAUUGCUACGAGACCUGGAGGGCGGGGAAGUGGUGGCAGACUUUCAGGGAGGGCGUGGUGGACGCCGUCAAUCCAGAGCUCUACAUGCAGCAGACGAUGCAUCACCUCAGGUCCUGGCCCCAGUGGAGGCAGAGCAAUGGCUCCAGAUUCGUCGUGGCGCCCUACUUCCCGGCAACCCCCAUGAGUACCCUGGCGGCGCAGAGGCCAUGCAGUUCAUCCCCCUUCAUCAUCACCUCUGAGCACACGCUGCUGUGCACGCAGAAGCGCGAGGCGCAUGCCCAGCAGGGAUUGAUCCUGCCCUAUGUGACAGACACCCACCAGCAGGGGUUUGACCCCCUCGUCGCCACCCGCGACACUCUGCUCUUCCACCGGGGUGGGUGUGCGCCGCCCCCCCCCGACCCUAAAGCAUGGCGAUUUGCAUCAGGGAAGCUGCUGCGCCGCGCCGUGGUGGACGCAGCCCAGGCGUCCAACGCCACCGAUGUGGACGUGCGGUGCGGCUGCGACAUCUGCCCCGGGGCCCUGCCCCACCCGCAGCUGCUGGCGCGCAUGCGCGCCUCCCGCUACUGCCUGGUGCUGGCCGGGGACCGGCCGUCCAGCCGGCGCGGCACCGAGGCGGCCCUCUCCGGCUGCGUCCCCGUCUUCGUCGGCCCGCCCUGGCACACAGUGGCCCUGGCCGAAGACAUCGACCACGCCGCCUCCAGCGUCUUCAUCACCGUGCGCCACGUGACCUGGGUGGUCGCCAACGCCUCGCAGGGCAUCGGCGAGAACCAUCCCAACGUGCUGAAGUCCUGGUACCUGGACGCUGACCUGGCGCCCGGAGACAUGCUGUACGUGGACACCGUGGACCAGAUAUUUGACACGCUGCGUGCGCUGCCGCCCAAGGUGCUGGCCGCCAAGCAGGCCGCGCUGGCGCGGCAGGCCUACCGGCAGUACUGGCUGCCGCCCCCAGGGAAGACCAGGUCGCAGCUGGGAGAGAUCGUGGUGAAGAGGCUGUGCGACCAUGCUCAGACGCUCAAGGACCGUGACAUCAUUCCCCCGCACCCCAUCCCGCACCGGAGGAGGACCCUGCUCGCCGACUGA